AUGAAAAAUGGCUAUCUUGAAUUAAGAGAAGAAAUUGAUUCCUAUAUAGAUUUGCCAUUAGAUUUCAACAGCACAAAAAAAUUUUUCUCGCUAUUGCUACAUUUUGGCUAUUUAACACCAUAUAACAUAACUAAAAAGGAAAAGGAAAACAUUGUGAGCGCUUGAAUAUAUGUAGUCCCUAAUAGAGAAAUAAAAAAGAGUUUUUACAACUCACUGCUUUUAAAGUGAAUUAACAGAAAAAUAGGCUUACUCCCCCCCCCCCUCCGUGAGCGAACAAAACCAUUAGAAAAAUCGCCAUUUUUUGACCAAAAACCCACCCUCCGUGAGUGAACAAAAAUUUUUUUAAUAGAAAAAAAAUUUAAUGGAAAAAAAUUUUGAUAUAUAAGUGAUAAUUAGUAUAAUGAAAUCUAGAGCUAAUUCUGUUUAAUUUUAAACAAAUUGCGUUUUAAAAACAUAAAUUUUGCAAAUUAAAUUAAUAUUUGCUUCCCAAUUUUUGCAAAUUAGGAUUUUUUUAAAUUUCGAAAAAAAAUAUUUUUUAUAAAAUUUAUAUAUAAAUUUUUUUUAAAAAAAAAAAUUAACCCCCCUCCGUGAGCGAACAAAAUUUUUUUGUUCGCUCACGGAGGGGGGGGGGGGGAGUUAGGAAAAGUUGAUAUUGGUAAGAUAGUUGAGAAAUUUAACAUCACCUUAGAUGAUAAAACCGAAUUCAAGAAUCUAAUGCAAUCAAUGGUCCUUGAUCAGAUGACAGAUAACACUAGUAAAACAGAGGCAGACUUUCAAAUCUUACUAGGAGGAAUGGCGAUGCUGGCCUCAAUUAUGACAGAAGAUUCAAAUUAUACAUUACAUUCCGAAGCACCAAAUAGAUUUAGAAAGAAGGCUGAUGGGAUUUUCAUCCCUACUAAAUAUAAAAAAGCUUGUUUUAUCAUUCAUGAGUACAAGAAACUUGAUACUGCUGAUGAUAUUGAUGUUAGAGAAAAAGCGGAGGAUGCCCUUUGGCAGAUCUACGCAAAGCAAUAUAUGAAAAUUGCAUUAGAUUUGCGUAAUAGUGAUCCGCAUUAUAAUUAUGUUGACAAGAUGAUAGUCCGUGGUAUAGUUUUCUACAAAGCUCAAUUUGGUGAUAAAUGAAAUAUGGUGAUCAAAGAGCACUCUUUCGACUUCAAUCUUGCUUCCAUUAUAAAUACAAAAUUUAGUUCAGUCAGCGGGGGAAUAUUGGCUGCAUCAGCCAAAUUGUGUGGAGAAAGUGGGUCUCAAAAUGAAAAAAUUGAAGAAAGAAGAUCUCUCGGUGCAGAAAGAAUUGGCGAUCUGAUCAAAAAUAUUGGUGGCGAUAAUUAUAGUUAUAUUGAAGGAGAAGAAGGCUUAGUGAUAAAACGCAAACUUGGUGCUCUUAUAACUCAACCAAGCAAAAAGCCAAAAUUCCAGGAUAAUUAA